AUGAAAGAAGCUGGAAGAAUUAGUCUCCUAUCAAAGAGAUGGAAGUAUAUGUGGACACACUAUACUUGUUUGAACUUCGAUGCCUCGCAUAUAAUCAAUGGAAUUCUACUCGGUGAAAAGGAAGUUGAAGUAGAAAAGCCAUUGUAUUUGAGUUGGGUUAAUCAAGUCUUGAAAUCACACAACGGUCCAACUAUAGAUGAAUUCAGAGUUCAAUUUGAUCUUGAUGGAACUUGUAGAUCUGAUAUUGACAACUGGGUUAACUUUGCAAUGGACAAGAGAGUUAAAAGGCUUGAGUUAGACUUCACAGACAAUCGCAAUUAUACUAGAAAGGAAGAGUAUUACUACAAAUAUCAUAUCACAAAUCACCUGCAUUCAUCAUCUCUUGGGUUUACUGGCUGCAACCCCCUGACCAACCUCAUACUGACACACGUGUAUGUAACUAGACAAGUUCUUGAGAACUUCUUAACUUAUUGUCCAUUUUUGGAACAAUUGUCUGUGCAAGAUUCUUUAGGUCUUGUAAAUCUGAAAGGUUCCUGA